AUGUCAAUGGGCUAUCUCCCAAGAAGAGGGGCCCUUUUAAAAACAUCUGUCAUAGCUAAAAGAAUUGGUAAAGGCAAAAAUGCCAAAGUAAUUUAUCAUCAUUUUAAAAGACAAGAAAGCCAUAUAUUAUCUCAUGGUGCUAUGGCCCAUGGAAGUUUUCCAUGCUCUGGACAGCAUUUUAACCCUCUCCAUGUGACCCAUGUUCAAGGAUUUCAGCAUGCAGAAGAAAACAAGCAGUAUAACUUACCAUGCAUUAUACAGAGUAGCCCACAUGUGUUAACAGUAAAUGCUCUUGCUCGGAUUUUAGGCACUUUGCCAAUCAAGUCUGACUUGCCAGUGCCAGUCAAUUUACAAAACAAUGCUGGAGAUUUUUCUCGAGAUCUUUCUGAACAGCAAGAACACGAGACCAAGAAAAAUACAUCUUUCUCAGCUUACCAGGAAAGCAGUGUAAUAACAACUUUGCCUGUGUCUUCCGUUAGUGGUGCUGAACAACCACCGAAAGACCAAACUGCCGAUUUAUUAUUUUUCAGUAAAGAAGAUUCUAGUGGGCAGUGUGUGAACAAUAUUACUACGUUGUCUUCUGUUUACGGUUCCUCUGAGAAACGUAAAAGCACUGUAACAACAUCUAGAUUAAUUAAAGACCCUAGACUACUAAGAAGAGGGGGUGCUAUAAGUAGUCAGACUGCACAGUCACUUCUACAUGAACUUAAGCUGCCAGAUAAUGAGAUUAUAAAUCAAUUCACUGGGAAGAAAAAUGAAGAUUUUAGUCUCAUUGUAAAAGAAUCCAGUUUAGCUUGUGCCACCAGGGAUAAAAGUGAUAAUGGGUCAGUUAUUCCAGAAAUCCGCCUACAGAAACAAGCACAGUGCCAAAAUGCAUCAGCUACAGUACUUAAUGAUAAGGCACACUCCGGCCAUAACACAGUCUUGCAAGAGCAGGUUGCCUGUAAUCAACAGGCUCAACCAAAACAGGCAUGUGAACUACAAUUAUCAAAUUACUCAGACAAUAAUAGAUCUUCAGAAUGUCCUAACAUGGAAAACACAAAGGAAAUUGAGUUAAAGCCUAACCCAGAAGACCCAGUCUUGGAAGACCUGAGAAUUCAUAAAAGUCAAUUAAAAGAAAAGCUUAAAAAAUACUCACUUUUCCUAAUGCUGUCUGAUCAAGACAGAUGGGCAAAAAUUGAAUCUCUAAAUAACAUGUCAAAGUCAGAAAGAAUACAGUUUUAUCAUAGACUUAAAAAGUAUGAUAAGUAUUAUCAAAAGUAUGGACAGCUUCUGGGAUUCAUUCAACAAAAAGCAUCACUUCCAGAAAAUAAUGAAACUACUAUUGGAAAACAACAGAAUGUGCACGCCCAUAUCUCCAUGCCAGCAUCUUGUCUUUCUUCUGUGUCCUCAUCUAAUACCAUAAAUGAAGCAGUUAUAUCGAAUAAUAAAAUUACUGACAGCCUAUAUUCUAAAGAACUGACUAUUGUUACAUGCCAUACACAGGCAACUACUGAUACUGCUUCCACAGAAACAUGUCAAAAGAUUGAUACCAUUUUGUCAAGCAGUAUUCCUAUGGAAAACACAGAAAAUGUAAAUGAUAAUUUUGUGAGACCCUUUGUCAGCAGUACUGAAGAUCAAGAAUUAACAGGCCAGAGCAUGGAGUGUAUUACAGCAGUAAGGGCUGCAGUUUCAUUAAAUAAGGUACCUUCAGUGAUGAUCACACCUGGUGAACUGACUACAAGUACUACAGGAACUGAUAAAACACAUGGUCCUAAUGUUGUGGAGGACUGUUACAAUGAGGUCUCAGCUGUAGAACAGUAUGUUAUGUGUUUAGGUUCUACCACAAAGUAUGGUUAUGAUAAACAACAGCUGUUUGGAGGGAAGACUGCAGAAGAAAAGCAGAUUUCUUCACCUGACCAGAUAGGUAAUGCAUUAACACACAUGCGUAUCAGCACUGAAAAACCUGCUGUUGUGAAAACUACAUUAAUGGAUUCUGUGGAAAAUCAAAUUUUUCCACAUUUAAAGGAAGAAGCACAGCAUGCUGGCAGAUCUCGUGAAAAACAAGAUGUUCCGUAUAAUAUCAAGAGCAGUGAAUAUUACGAAGUUGAUGUAGUGGGAAAUCUUCCUAAAAUAAGAAGCAAAUUACCUUUAAUUAAAAUGGAGGUCAGCAAUGAGGACCAAACAUACUCACACUGCUUUGAAACUGAUUUUAAAUGUGGCAGUAACAGAAACUGUAUUCCAGUCAAUGUGAUAGAAGAGAAAAUGUCUAAGGAAUUUGUAACAUCAGAAAUGAUGAUUGGAAGAGAAUUCAAAGCCUUUUCCAUUGAAAGUAUAUGUAAGGGCGUCAACCCAAUUGUAAUUAAGGUAGAAGAAUCAGAAGAUGCAUUUCAGGAUAAUGCUGUUGAAAGUAUAUGCAAAGGCUUCAACACGAUAGUUGUUAAAAUCGAUGAUUCAGAAGAUGAAUUUUUGGAUGAUGCUGUUGAAAAUAUAUGCAAGGACUUCGGCACAACAGUAAUUAAGAUAGAAGAUUCAGAAAAUGAAUUUCCAGAUGAAGAUGACUUACAGUGUUGGUUGUUACAGAGCAGAAUAGAGUGGGAACAACUUUUUUCUAAACCUAAGAUGAAAACAGAAAGGUCCCAAAGCGUUACAUUGGCUAAUACUAAAGAGCAUUGCUUCAAUGAAGAUAAUAGAAAGUACUGUGUGUGUUGUUCAAAAGAUAAUAAAAUAUCUUACAGUAAUAAAGUUCUGAAUGACUUGAAUAUCACAUUAAAAAAUACAUGUGUGUCGCAAUAUAAUCUAGAGCCUCAGUAUACCACAUUAUCAGGAAGAUUUAGCACUUACAUCAGCAAUAAUUCAUCAAGUCAGAUAAAGUUAAAUAUGGAAAAGAAAGCAUGUGUCAUUCAAGCAAGCAAUAUGUGUAGUGAUUUUUUAGAUAGCAGUAGAGUAUUAGAUAAUGUUGUUCUAAAGACUGAUGGUGAUUCUGGAGGAGAUUUUGAUAAAAAUUCUGAAGGUAUUGUAGUUGACCAAGAGGAACAGAGUCAGGAAAUGGUGAAUGACUCUAGGGAAACAGGACCAGUCAACCACAUGUUGUCAAAAAAGAGCUCUGCAGACUCAGAAGCACAGAACAAGUUUUACAGUCUGCCUCUUGUUGAAGUAUGUACUGCAUUGCCUACAGGCACCACUAAUUCUUUAAUGCAUGAGCACAGAAAUGCUAGUCCUAAAAAUCAGAGUACCCGAUGUUAUCCUGAAGAUGUAACAACAGCUGAUAGGAACACAAGUGUCUGUUCUUUAACUCUAGCAGUAAGUGGGAGUGCAGUGGAGACAGAAGAUUCAGCAAAUAUGAGUGUGUCCAACAUAUCAGACACUGAAGAACAACAACAUUCAGAAAACAGUACUACCAGUAUAGCUCUAAAUUUAGAAGAUGGCAAAGCCAGUUUCUUUACAACUGAUAUUACUAAAUUGCUGGAGAGUAGACAAGAGCAGAUAAGUGAAAAAAAUUUCACUCUUUGUAGUGGUACUAAAAAGGAUUCUGUAUCCUUGCCCAUUAAAGUUUCCUUCAUGCAUGUACAAUUAGAAGGUCCUAGAUCAAGCAAAGGUGAGACACGUGUUUUUCAGGAUGGCGUUUGUCUAGAAUCUGACAUAAGGGAAAAACCUACAGAAGAUCUGCCUGUUGACAGUAAAGACAAAGAUAUAGCUACAGAACUGCAAUUAAACGAUAACGUGAAUACGCUGCAGUCUCCAAAGAAAACAUUAGAAAUGGAGGAUGAGCUUUUUAAUUGUUCAGAUUUGGAAUCUAGCAUUCUACAUGGAGCAAAAAGGUAUAAGAAUGGCACAUCCAUUGUUUUAGUCUCUUCUUCUGAAAAUAAAGUUCCAGAUUUUUUAAGUAAAAACAAACCAAUUAUUUCUGAUGCAUUAUUUUUAUCAAACUCUUCCAGCAUGCAGGCAGAUGAAUUAACUAAACUGGAAUCCUAUACAUGUGAAAUGCAAGGACUACCAAAGCACUCCCCUGAAACCAAAAAUUGUACACUGUCAGAUAAAAUCAGUGAAGAAACGGCAUUUGAAAAUAGCAAUUCAGAGUUAAUUAUAUUUAGUGGCAAACACAGGACCUUCUCAGAAAAUAUACCAAAUUGUCAUGAUGUAGUCCAAAAUACUGAAAUAAUUGAUGCCAGUGCAAAGCCUUGUAGUUAUAAAGAUAAAGAUGUUCAGAUUUCAUUUAACUGUAAAUUAGCAAGUAUUAAAGAAUACGAACAAGAUGUGAACAGCCAAACUAGCAAAGAAACUGUGGAAGUACCUGACGAAAGUGAAAUUCGUGCUAAUAUUGAAAAUUCAGAUAUAAGUGAGAAUGAUGGAGUCUUUGCAUUUCACAGUCACUCUAUCCCACUAGAAAUGGAGAUACAGUCUACUUUUAGAGACACAGAUCCAGAGCCAAAAGCCAGCAAUGCAGAAACAAAAUUGAAAGAACUUCUUUCUUCAAGUAGUGAUAAUAGAACUGUUUGUUUAAAAACAAAUUUCUUAAAUAGCAAUGCUUCCGUCAAAAAUUCAGCAGUUGCAGCUCUUGCUUCUACUCAAAAGAUUAAACAAGGAGUAUUGAACAACUACCAGAUACAAAUAAGUGGCCUGGCAGAGUGCUUUCAUAAAGAGAGAGAAAGUUCAGCUGUGGAAAAGGGCUAUGCAAGGAACAUCUCUUGUAAUUCACUGAAGGGAGAGGAGAACACACAAAUGCAUGCUGUAGCAAAGUCUCACAAUGUAAAGAUAUAUGAAAAGGUCACCAACAAAGAAACUCCCAUUUGGACACAAAGUGUUUUACUGACAUCCACUACAUGUAACAUAGCUUCUGAUAGGAAUAAGACUUACUUAGAUGGAAGUCAGAACUACAAGUCAGGAACUUUAAUCACAGAUAAUGAUUUACAGCAUUUGGUGGAAAUCAAAAGAGGGAAUAAUGCUAAAACUACUAAACAGGUAAUAAACAGAGCAAAAGAAUCAUCCAUAUCUGGUGCUGUUGGUUUAGAAAGUACUGGAGUGCAGUACAAACCAGUGGUUAAUACGGGGAAUUGUGAUGUGAUUAGGACCAACUGCUGUGACUUGAUUUCUGACAAUGAUGCACAGCUGCACUGUUCUGUUUCUGUGACAGAAAUUAAUUAUGUUUUAAAAAUUGUAGAUGAGACAUCUUCUCUUGAAAUUUUAGAACAGCAGAACAGAAUAUGUAGAAAAAUGUUGCCUGUGUUUACUGAGGCUUUUGAACAACAACAAGACUGUGCAGUUCAAGAGGUAUUAGUUACAAGAACACUUCUACUUAAGAAAAGGCUGCAAAUUGACUUAAAAGCAAUUUCAUUAAAAUCACAAGCACUAGAUUCGUUUGUGGAACUUCAGAUGAUAAUGGAAGCAGUGCAGUUCAUAGAAAAUAAAAUUAGCUUUCUGAAAGCUGAACCAACAUACAGAAGCUUGCUGUGGUAUGAUUCAACACUUUACAGUGAAUUGUUAGCGGGAGAUGUAGGUUACCAGCAACAGUCACAGCUGUACCAUGUAUUCCAAGAAAGCUUGAAAUAUAAGCCUAUGAGUGAGUUAAAAAACUACCAAGCUGAACUUUCGAGGCAUGCUAAAGAGAACAGAAAAAUAGCAUCAUAUUAUGCAUACCUGAAAAACAAAAGAGAGAUUGAAGAGUGUAAUGCUGUGUUACAAAACUAUAAUGACAUGAGCAGUUUUUCUCUUUCGGUUCCAUUGACGUGUGCACUGAACGUAGGAGACAGCAUAGAAGAGCUAACAGUCCUUAGGGAAAGCAUUUCAGACUUGAUGGAAAGAUACAGACAUCCAGGAAUCCAAUGUGAUGCGGGGAAGCAAGAACAUUUGCUGAUUUUACUUCAUUUUAUUUAUGCCAAAAUCAAUUUCUUAAAUGAAUGUCAAGCACUAAAAGCUGAGGUAGAAUGGUUUGGUCUAGAACAUUUAUUGUUUGAUGCUGUUAAGGCUGUAGUGUGGAAAGUGAAAAGUAAAAGAAUGAAAACACAGUUUAGUAGCACAAGGUUUAAUGCAGGUUCUGCUGGCCUUGAAAGCAGGGAAGUUGUAGCUCUAAAGAUAAACAAAGCUGCUCUCAGUUUACUUUUAGAGCUGUAUGAGAAAUUAGCUGAGACAGGGACUCGGACUUGUGGUGGAAAUGUUAGCUCUGAGGAGUUUAAUGUAAACUGUGGUUCUGAUUGUCCUCGUAAAACUAGUAUAGGAGACUGGCAUGUGUCAGUAAAUAAUGUUGCUGUAGAACACCCCCUAAGUGAAUUAAACAACCCAUAUCAUUCAGAUUUUGAUUUUAGCACAGUUGGGGAAAUCUUUGAUCAGGUGCAGUUUGCAGACCUAAAUACCCUGCAUGUUUUGCUGCUUGAAUGUAAAAAGCAGUUGAAGACACUGAAACAGUAUUUUCAGAUUUUGCAGGAGGUGGAUGUAGAUGAUGUUCUGGUUACAGCAGAAAAUAUUUCAGAGGCUGAUAAAACCUGCAGCUUUCAUCCCAUUCUCCUAAAGCCUGAAGCUGUUGAGCCUUAUAUAGAACUAGUUAUGCUGUUUGAGAUGGUUUGUUUCUUGGAAAAUACAAUUGCUAAAAAGGUUAACAAACCCAGGUAUAGGGGUAUGCUCUGGUUUGAUCUGUCACUGCUUUCUGAGUUGGUUUGGGAUCUAAAAGAUACUGUCAUUUUCACAGUCUUGAGAAACAAGGUAGAGAAUGCACCAUACAGCGCACUGGAUGCAGCAAUUUCUGAGCUGAAGUUGGAAAUAGAAAUAAUUCAUGAAUACAGAGAAACAAUUAACUUUGCUUAUGCAGAUUGCCUUUUGUCAAGAGAACUGACAGAACUUUUAGAAGUAAGAAAAUUAUAUGAAGAAUUUGAUGAAUUUAAUGUAUCACCCCCACCAGUUUAUGUUAGUAUUACUCCUUAUACAGCAUCUGUGAAUUAUGGAAACACAGAGGCUGAACUUGAACACAAUUACAACCAAUUUUCUGCAUUGCUUGAAAACUUAGCUUUGGCAUCAAGUAAAGAUUUGGGUAAAAUGGCCUAUGUUAUGAAGGUCAUGUGCACCAUCAAAGACAUGAAACUGCUAGCUGGAGAAAACAGUAUGUCAGCCCUUUCCUUGCUUAUAUAUCAAAUGCAGGAGAACAGAGAAAAAAAAAUUCUUUUGAAAGGAAAGAGGAUCCAAACUAUUGAGACUGAUGUGAAUAUAGUAAAACUGAACUCUUCUACAAGACGUACUACUGAUGUCCCAGCCGUCUGUCUCAGUUCUCACUUAUCUCGGAAGAGGUUGUUCAGAGAGGCUGCCACUGUCUCCACUUCAGAAUAUAAUGAAAAUGACAGUUCUGCAUGCAAAAGAAAAAAGCAAACAAUUUAA